AUGCAACUAAAUCGGAUAAUCGAUGAGCCAAAGCAGCUAUUUGUCUCAUCUAAAAGCACUGAAGAUCAUGACAACCAAUCCCCACCAUCCAACUCUUGGAUCGAGCAUCUUCUAUUUGUCCUCCUCACUGUCCCUUUGGUUCUGAGCAUUCUUCUCCUAUACAGCGAUGCCUCCACUUGGCAUCUCCCAGACAACCUGUAUGUUUUUGUGAAUACAAAUCGAACAUCAGUCCAGACAGCAGUCCAGAUUUUCGGUGCUAUCCUGGCAGCUAUCGAAGUCUUCGCCCUCUGUCGCUUGAUCAAUUUGACCACUCGCAUUCGAUUUACACAAACCCCAGUCUCCCUAAACGUGCUUGGAUUCUGGUCAGCACUGUCUACUCCCUCGACAAACUUCGGCCUACCUUUCUGGAUGAUUACCGUCACAGUGCUUUUCGGAAAUCUGUCCGCUAUCAUAUCAGCACUAUGGACUGGUGCCUUGACACCGGCAGAUGCUAUCGGGACCCAACACUCUUCCCUGCUCAUUCCUGAUUGGUCCGACUUAAGUUUAAUCAAAGAAUACCCUGGCCAAAUCGACAAGACAGGGUUGACAAUUCGUGAGACAAUAGGUUACUUCACCUACUCAGUGGGCCUAGGUCUCCUGGGCUCACUGCUAUCCUCCAUUAACUCUGCCUCCCCAAUCAACGGUGGCGUUCGCGAUCACCCCAAACUCGACAACACUCGAUACAAUUAUCACGGCCGUUCUUACGGAGUUGGCGCAAGCGCCGGUCUCUCCGACGACAACCUUGUCGCCAUACCCCACGCGAACAACUACACCUUCAAUGAAAUUGGUCUUGAUGCCUCCGUUGACUGCAUUUACAAUACCAGCUCUCAGUUUGUACUUCAACUCCUUGCACAAACCACUCUCCACGCAGCUCGCGGGCUACUUCCCGACAGCAACCUCAGCGCACCUGAAUACUCAGUCUACGUUGGUCGAGGUGACGAUGCAAUUGUUUCAUUGGGGGUGGCGGCGUCUCCAACCGCAUACACUGCAAAGCGGUACAUGGCUAUCGCUGCAGGGAACUACUACAAGAAUUUGGAUAAGGUCCAGUGUGCUGUGACAUUCAACCCAGCUCUAUUCAAUGUCUCGGUCGAUAUCCGAGGACGGAACAUCAGCGUCAGCAAAGUGAAUGAAUCCGAAUUAUCAUUAUCAAUGGGCCCAGUCCAUAAUAUCGAUCCCCAUCACAAUAUAACCCAUGUGGUCAUGCGACAACUCGAACUCAUUGCCAACGACCUGACCAGUUACUAUCGCUCGACCCUUGGCGACGCCUUCAAUGCUAGCAUUAGUGAUUAUCGCACUUCCGUCGCUGGUGGGAAUCUAUCGGAGACGCAGAUCGUGAUGAAGGGAAUGGAGAACGCAGUUACAUCCUUGGUUGACGAUAUCCUGGUUGCAUAUGCGUCGGCUCAAUUGGUGGUCAGUAAAUUUAGGAAGUCCACACCAGUAUUGGUCCAGGUCGCUGCUCUGCGCGUUGGAUCGCGGCCCUAUGUCAUUACCAGUGCGGUGAUAACAGGUUUGAUUGUGCUUCUGGUUAUUGCGGAGGGCUUUCGAAUGCGAUGGUGGAAGGAUCUUCCGUCUUUUGAUUAUCAGGACAACCGAGCGUUGAUUGUGGGUGCGUCUAGGGGUGGGAAGGGUGUUGCAGAGUAUGCUGAGCGAGUGGAAUGUAAGGAUCUUGGUAGAGUUCCGGUGAUUUGGAGAAAGGGCCAAUGGGAUCAUGGGGAAAUUGUUUUCCAGCCCAUGCUGGAUGACUCGAAAGAAGAUAUUGAGGAUACAGCAUCUGAUAGGACGUCGGUUGCUUGGAUAUGA